UGAUGCUGCUGCUACGUGAGGUCCGGUUUGAGAGCUUAGAAACUAAAGGCUCCAGCUUCAGGACUCGAUCAGCAGCAAACCGGGUGACUGCAGCUACUGACAGCUGACACACAUAAACAGUUUGGGUGACUGACAAGGCAGAGCAUGUCUCUUUAUCUGUCGUCCGGAGACACGCUGACAUGCUGCAACUUCAGCUCCUGCAGCAAACCAACAUAAUCAAAUCCUCAACUAGUCCAGCAUCUGGCAUUUCCACAUAACCUGCGGCACUCUCAGCCGUUGCCAUGGCAUCAGCAGCUCUGGAGCUGAUGGGCUUCUUCCUGGGCCUGCUGGGGAUGCUGGGGACCCUGGUUGCUACUGUCCUGCCGUACUGGCAGAUUUCUGCCCACAUCGGUUCCAACAUUGUCACAGCCGUGGCCAACAUGAGGGGCCUGUGGAUGGAGUGCGUCUACCAGAGCACAGGGGCCUUCCAGUGUGAGACCUACAACUCCAUGCUGGCCCUGCCCUCCGACUUGCAGGCCUCUCGCGCCCUCAUGGUCAUCUCGAUUGUGCUGUCUAUCCUUGCCAUCGCCGUGGCAGUCCUGGGAAUGCAGUGCACACUCUGCUUGGAGGGAUCUGGUGCAGUUAAGAGUCGUGUGGCAGGCGCCGGCGGGGGCUUAUUCCUUGCCGCGGGCUUCCUAGCACUCGUACCAGUGGCAUGGACCACACAUGAGGUGGUCCAGACCUUCUACCGACCCAACUUACCUGCCAGCAUGAAGUUUGAACUGGGGGAGUGUUUAUAUGUUGGUCUGGCCUCUGCACUCAUCUCCAUGCUGGGAGGAGGGAUGCUGUGUGUGUCAUGCUGCGAGGAGCAGGAUGGCGGCCGUGGGAGACGGCAUGGCGGGGGGUAUCCAUAUCCAGUAGGAGGCGGCACGCUGGGCACAGGGGCACGGACAACCUCUCAGACCUACCGCAAUCCCACCCUGCAGGUGGGAGGCAUCAACACAGCCAGCAGGGGGCAGACGCUGGUCCGUAGUGCCAGUGGCAGCUCCCACUCAAGUACACAUGGAGUCCAAGGGGCCAAGAAACCCACUGCAGCAGGAUAUGACAUCACAGGAUACGUCUGAUGUCACUCUGUCCAUCACAAAUGUAGAUGUGGUCCUUGGACAACUUAGGUUUGACUAAAUGUGUUUAUAUAGUGUAUUUAAUGUUGUCACUAUAUGCUUGAUGGAGCAAAAA